AUGGUAGAUGAAGAAAUUACAGUGGGCUUUGAGGAUGAUGCGUUGACUAUAAAAGAGCGACUUGCCGGAGGGAAGCAGCAGCUACAAAUGAUAUCAAUUGUUGGGAUGCCUGGACUCGGUAAGACUACUUUAGCCACAAAACUGUACAAUGAUCCUUACAUCAUACACUACUUUCAUAUUCGUGCAUGGACCUAUGCUUCUCAAUUACCCAGAAAAACAGAUAUGUUGUUGGAUAUUUUACGUUCUGUUAAUGUCGUCUUUACCGAUGAAAUUAAAAACAUGACCAAUGAGAAGCUAGGCGAAAAGUUGUACAAGCAAUUAAAAGGCCAGAGGUAUCUCAUUGUCAUUGAUGAUUUAUGGGAUAUUGGUGCCUGGGUCAAUCUUAAAAUGUAUUUCCCCAAUGACAACAAUGGAAGUAGAGUUAUGUUUACUAGUCGCCUCAAAGAGGUGGCUAUGCAUGCCUCACCUGAUUGCCAUCAUCAUUGUCUGCGUCCUCUCACUGAAGAAGAGAGUUGGGAGUUGUUACAACGGAAGGUGUUUCAAAAUGGACGUUGCCCUCCAGAACUGAUUGAAAUUGGGAAGCAAAUAACGAAAAGAUGUGGAGGGCUUCCACUUGCAAUUGUUGUAAUUGCAGGACUUCUUGCAAAGAACAUCAAGACACAAGAGUCGUGGAAACAAGUUGCCCAAAGUGUAAGCUCAUACAUUGUUAGUGAUCCAAACCAGUACUUGGACACACUAGCAUUGAGUUACAAUCACUUGCCUCGUCACUUGAAACCAUGCUUCCUUUAUUUAGGAGUAUUUCAAGAAGAUCAAAAAAUCUUGGUGUAG